GGUAUACGCGCUUGCCGCUUCCGGCGUAUGCCUUUGCUGGCUUCAACCGCCUUGCCGCGGGGCUCUGUAUUUGCAGCUUUCGCAGUCGAGGCAAUAAUGGAUGAAGUUGUAUCUAACUCUUCAGAGAAACUUAUAGCAAUCCACUCCAAGGUUCACAGAGACACUAUCCUGAUUAAAUUUGAGGAACAGAGAAAAAAAGAUUUUUUGUGUGACAUCACUUUAAUUGUAGAAAAUGUUCAGUUUAGAGCCCAUAAGGCAUUACUUGCUGCCAGCAGUGAAUAUUUCUCCAUGAUGUUCGUUGAAGAGGGCGAGAUUGGUCAAUCAAUCUACAUGCUGGAAGGGAUGGUGGCAGAUGCUUUUGGUGUGCUAUUGGAAUUUAUUUACACAGGCUGCCUACAAGCUAGUGAAAAAAGUAUAGAACAAAUUUUAGCAACUGCUCAUCUCCUCAAAGUGAAUGAUCUAGUUAGAGCGUAUACAGAGCAAGAGAGGAACUGCAGCUUAACAAACACAUUAUCUGGAAUUUCUAAUGGUGAAACCCCAAUAGCUGUCUUAGCAAAGAACAAGAAAAGUGAAGACCCACCAAGGCGAAAGCGUGGAAGACCAAGAAAAGUAAAGAACAUCCAGGAAGAAAAACUGGACUCCCUUUCAUCAGAAGAUGUGCAAUUAAAAGAGAACAACUCAGUACAUAAUAAGCAAAAUUUUAUAAAGCGGGAGGCUGUGGUAGAAGACAGAAACACCAAUGAACUCAUUCCUGUAAGUGUAGAGGGAAGAGAAAUAUGUAGGACAGAAGCUGUGGUCACUGUCUCAACAGAAAAGGAUGAGAACUAUGAUCCUAAGUGCCAAAAUACACAGAUCACUCAGAGUCGUUAUAGCAAACGUAGGAUACGGCGGUCAAUCAAGUUAAAAGAUUAUAAACUUAUUGGUGAUGAAGAAGACAGUGGGCUGUCAAAAAGGGCCAAUGGCAGAAGAAAACGUACUGGUUCUGAAGUUGAGUGCAAAGACUGUGGGAAAGUCUUUAAAUAUAAUCAUUUUUUAGCUAUACACCGAAGAAGUCAUACAGGAGAGCGCCCAUUCAAAUGCAGUGAGUGUGGCAAAGGCUUUUCCCAAAAGCACUCUCUCCAAGUCCACGAGCGGAUGCACACUGGGGAACGUCCAUAUACUUGCACAGUUUGCAAUAAGGCUUUAACCACAAAACAUUCUCUCCUGGAACACAUGAGUCUUCAUACAGGUCAGAAGGCUUUUACCUGCGACCAGUGUGGAAAAUACUUCAGCCAGAGAAGGCAACUUAAAAGUCACUAUAGAGUUCACACAGGCCAUUCAUUGCCAGAAUGCAUCCUCUGUCAUCGUAAAUUCAUGGAUACCGCUCAAUUAAAGAAACAUUUAAGAACACAUACAGGUGAAAAGCCAUUUACUUGUGAAAUCUGUGGCAAGUCAUUUACAGCAAAAAGUUCUCUUCAGACCCAUAUCAGAAUUCACAGAGGAGAAAAGCCAUAUUCGUGUAGUAUUUGUGGAAAAUCCUUUUCCGAUUCCAGCGCCAAAAGGAGACAUUGUAUCUUGCACACCGGCAAAAAACCUUUCUCUUGUUCAGAGUGUUGUGUGCAGUUUGCGCGUUUAGACAAUUUGAAAUCUCAUUUGAAAAUCCAUAUCAAAGAGAAACAGCUACAGGAAGCCAACGCUGCAUCCAGCAGCAGCAGCACAGAGGACGUCAGGAACGUUCUUCAGCUGCAGCAGUAUCAACUCUCUACCUCUGAACCCCAGGAGAUCCAGCUGUUGGUGACAGAUUCAGUGCACAACAUAAACUUUGUGCCCAGCCAUAAUCAAGGCAUUAGCGUUGUCACUUCAGAUGAUUCCCAAAAUGUGAUGACAGAGCACACAGGCAGCCUUACUCUUCUCACUCAGCCAUCACAGCAGCUGCAGAACCUGCUGCUUUCAGGCCCAACAGAACCCACAGACCAGAUUCAGAAUAUCAGCAUUGUGAGUGACCCAAUGGAUUCUCCCCAGACUGAACAAAUGCAUGUCAUCACGCUGUCCAAAGAAGCUCUGGAACAUCUCCAUGCCAAUCAGAGUCAAGCAGAUGUGCUUCAAAUAGCUGCUGGAACACCACAUCCAACCUCGCAUCUGCAGAUGGGCCAAGAGCCUAGCCAACAGUUUCGCAUUAGCCAAGAUACAAUUCUACCUCCUCAAAUUAGCAAGGGACAGACCCAAACUGUACAUAUCUCCAAUUCAGCAUAACAGCCUCUAACUGUAGACCAGCCAUCUGGAGACCGUCACACCGAAGGGCAGGCUUUUUAAAAUACAGACUGAUUUCCUUCUUAGAUAUAUUUAUUUAUCAAGAUGAAAGAAGAUCCUUCAUGUGAAAUGCAUUCUAUACACAGUAUUUAAUUUCACAUGCUGGUAACAUGGAUUGUUGGCUUAACGGCAAUUGGUUUAUGCAUUUUUAUUUUGCAGAUUUAUCCAUUUAAAUAUAUGUUGAAAGCAUGGCUUUUAAACCAGUGUACUCAUGCAUUUUGCCUGAACUGCAAUAAAAUAUUAAAAGAACAUGGUACAAGCCUGCUUAUACAUUUUGCCAUCUCAUUUAUUUCAGUGAGAAAGAACAAUGCAUGCUUAAUUUUUCCACUGAAAAUGAUGGGAUGUAAAAUUGCCUCUGAAUGGACGUACAUUGUAUAUAUUUAAUAAGCCUAUCAACUGAUUAUAUAGUUUGGGUGAAACCAAGCUGAUGUUUGGAUUUUUUAAAAAAAUGGAUCAGUCUGUUUGUGUCAGUUAAGACUUUGUGCGAGUCAGUUUUAUUAGAAGAUUUCUACAAGCAUAGGUAAACCAAGACUUGAGGAACUUUUGCAACUUUUUGCAAAAGUAAAUUUAUAAUUUCAAAAGAUAGAAAAAAAUAAAAGUUACAUCUCCAAACAGAUGAGCAUAGGCUCUCCUAAAUAAUGAUAACAGGCUUAACAAACUAUUGCCUUGUUUUGGUUAUGUUUCCAUUAGCUUUUUUUUUUUUUAAUUUAUGCACAUCAGCUCAAUGCUUGACUUCCCCAGACUUAACUGACACAAAUCAAUUCUGGUAUUGGCUUAUCAGAGCAAACAUGGGCAUUGUGAUUUCUCCUUUCUCUGUACUUUUUAUAUUCUGGUGAAUAAGCCGUAUAUAUGCAUUCCUAUAAUAAAAAUUAUAAAAAAUGAUUGUUUCCCAUUAUAGCUACAAGAACAUUUGUAGUUCUAGUUUUUAAGCUAGAAUCAAACUGACAGAUAGAGUAUAAAGGCUUUAUGCUUGAGCCGAUAAACCAUUGACCAAAAUCAUUAGCCCUGAAGUAGUCUAGGAAUAGGAAGAGAGAGCAAACUUUCUCUUUAAGGAAUUGCAGUGUGAUGGACAUCCAUACUCAGAUGUGCACUAACCCUUCCAUUCUUCCUUUCCUCAUACUGCAUAAAGUACAAUAUGGAUUCUACUAAAUAUUGGAAAGCUUCAUUGUAAUCAAUGAACACUUGUUGGCAAUGAAACCUUACAGAUUACUUCAGCAUCUGUAAUGCAGAACAGGAUGAAACGAAGGUGCUAAGAGUUUGUACAUGGGAGAGAGGGUACCCAUUCUUCCCUCGGUUAAGUUGAUUGAGGUUUUUAUCAAUCUGUUGUUUUAAAAAGGUCAGUGUCUUAAGACCAAUUGAAUGAUCUAGUGAAGAUAAUUAACUAUGAAGGUU